AUGGAUUCCUUUAAGCGCCGUCUUCCCUCCCUCCCUACUAUCGCAUUCACGUCUCAUGUAGGCGGCGUUCCAAAAUUGCCCUUUGUCGACCAGCCAAUACCAGGCGCAGCCCUCGCUCUGGUGAUCUUUAACUUACCUGUUGGUCUUGAUUCCGAGUCCGCCCUUCAGCCGCCAGCUCUGAUGAUGUCGUGCCGUGCUUCUGCGUGGAUGAACGUUGGCGCAACCCUCGCAGGCUACCUUCUCAUCGUGCUUGUGCAUGCAGAGAGUUCCCCCGUUUCUUCUCAAGUGCCGCUGAAAAACAGCCAGCAUGAAGCGAAGGUCAGGUUCCCGGGUCUCAUUUCCAUACUCGUGCGCACGUCUGAGUAUCAGUGCAACACCUUUCACUGA